AUGCUACAAGUAGUAUUAAAUGAUCGAGAUAAAGUAUCAAUUGCAUUUCAAAUUAUUUCAAUUAGUUGUUUCCUAGAAAUUAUUAUUCAUGGUAUUGUUAUUCAAAUUAUUAAUCCACAGAAAUUUAUUCAACUAAGAUUAUUAGUUCCAUUAAUAUCAUGUUUAAUUACAAUGAUACUUUUUAUUUUUUGUAUUGCACUUAGUUUAACAGUUUAUUCAAGAUUUUCACAAUUAAAUGCUACUACUAAUCAAAGACGUAGUUUUCAUAAACAUAACUCUGAAAUAAAUUUAUUCAAAAUUAAAUUAAAUUCACAAACAAAUUCUUCAUCAAGAAGUUCAUCUUUAUCUCAUAUUUCAUGUUUAGAAAAUGAACAGGCUCUAAUAUUUAUUGUUUUUUUCUUUAUUAUUUUUAUGUUUGGUGUAAAAACUAGUUUUCGUUAUUAUAAUUAUCGUCAUUUUGUUCAAUUAAAUCCUCCGUCAUCACUUCGAAAUCUUUCUAUUACAAUUGCUGGUCUUAACUCUAAAGCAUCUAAUGAAUUUUCUGAGAUACAAUUAGGUAAAAUUUGUUGGUUUAAUCGUAGUGUUAUCCAUUAUUUUUUAAUCAUACCAAUAUCUAUAUUUCUUGCAAGAAGUAUUUUUUUAGUUUUUUGGGUUACUAAACGUAUAAUUAUUCAUGUGAACGAAGCUGAAACAGGUAGUUCUAAGCAAAUCCCAAAAAAACAAUGCUUAAUAGUAGUAUUAACAUCUUGUGUAACACAAGGUCUUGAUUGGCGUCUUAGUCGAUUUAUUUCAAUCGUUGGUUCGAAAGCUGGUGAAGUGUUAGGAUAG